CAGAUGGUCCAUUAAAUCUUAAAUGAAAGUAACAAUAAACAACACAUUACAGUUCACAAGCCUUGAUUAGCGGACCAACUGAAUAAAAGUGAAAUAAUUCCGAUGAUUAUAACUAUAACAAAAUCGCCCAAGAAGGGUGUAGAAAUUAGAAAUAAUAUUAACGAAUAUUAAUUAAAUGUUGGCCAAGUUGUAGAAAUGUAGGCUUAGUGAAGUUAGUAAUAAUUUCUAAUUAUUAAUUAGGCCAUUUGCCCACUGAUACUCAUUAUUCAUUAUGUCAUUAGUCAUUAAUUAGGCAUUCAAAUAGAAUGAAUAAGAAUAGAAUUUAGAAUUGCUCCGCUACGUGGAACACAAAUUUAAAUUUAAAUAUGAAUCUAGGUUUAUGAUUCAUAAAACAUUAAUAAAUAUUAUUAUAGAAAAGGCUAUAUUGCUAUAAUAUAAACUAUAUUCUGAAUUCUGCAAUUUAUUAAGUUGAGGUAGCUUAUAAUAGUCUAAUGGGGCAGCGGUCCUCAACCUGUGGGCCUCGACCCCUUGAGGGGUUGCACGACACUUUCACAGGGGUCGCCUAAGACCAUCUGAAAACACAUUCACAUAUACUCCACAGUUGUAAAGUAUUAACGAAAAUAAUUUUGUGGUUGGGGGUCGCCACAACAUGAGGAAAUGUAUUAAGGGUUCGUGGCAUUAGAAAGGUUGAGAACCACUGCUAUAGGGCAUCUAUAUGUAUAUGUAUAAAUAUAUAUAUAUAUAUAAUAUAAUAUAAUAUAUUAUAUUGCAUAGUUUUAAAAAAGUAUUAAUAGUAUUGACUAUAGUAUAGUAUAAUCUGAUGUGGGCAUAGUCCCCUACUACUACUACUACUUGUUAUGAAUUAUUAAUUUAUUAAUACUACUUUUUAUAUAUUAUAUUCAAUUUAUAUAUUAUAUUAUAAUAUUAGUAGCUGCACUAAUUCUAAUAAUAAAUGCUAUAAAUGCUAGGAUCAGGCACAUAUUUAUAAAUUAUAAAAAUAGAGGCCUAACUGAAUGAAUAAGAAUUUUUGAAUAGGGCAAAUAAUUGAAAUAACAAUAAAAAUAAAAUGCCAAAUUAUAAUUAUAUCCUAGUACUACUUUUAAGCUAUUAUUUUACUUUAUAUUUAUAACCUUCAACUUACGACAAAUGAUUUAAAUAAUUUUAUUUUCAUUUUUAAACUGACUUUUUAUAAGUGUUUUUGGCCUUAGUCUUAUUGCCAACUUAGUCUUAAAAUAUGAAUAUUAUUUUAUUAAUUUAAAAAAAAAAUAAUAUUGCAUAUUAAUAAAUACAUAGGUUAAGUAAGAUAGGCUUAAGUUUUCUCUAAAGAUCAAUCUGAAUGCAAAUACUAAAUUAUCAUUACCGGUACUUGAAUAAAAUUGACAUGACAAGUGACAUUUUAGUAUUUUAGUUCAACAAAUUAGCAAAAAUCAAUUCAAUAAUCCAUAAAAAGUCAACUCAAUUUUAAGCUGAAAUUUUUAGUGCAAAUAAUACUAAUAGCUUCGCUAUCGCUAUUAGAUUUUUGAGUGAAGUGUACUUUUAUAAGAAUAUAUUAUAAUAUAGGGAUGUAGUCUAACUAUAAUAUGCCUAGAAUGAGUACAGGCCUACAUUUUUGUUUUCUGUUGCAUGGGAUAAUGGACCUUUUGUGAUUUUGAAAUAACAUUAGUUUAACGCUAUUUGAAUAAAUGUGUUUUGUACUAUUUAAAAACAGGUCAUUUAAAAGAUGGAUAAAACUUAAAGUGACACAGCUUUUUCAUUAUUUACAGAUAGGUUUUAUCAACUUGUUGACUACAAAAAUAAUCUGAGUCCAUGCAAACAUCUUCUGGACCAUUACCUACUGCAAUAGGAGAUAUACCAUGGCCAUGGCUUCUAGAAGAGAGGUUUAGAAUUCAAACAUUCAUCAACUAUCCAGCCAACUGCACCAAGUCUUCUCUUCAGCUGGCAGCCAAUGGCUUUGUUUAUAUUGGUUCAGGAAGAAAUGGGGAUGACAGUGUCAUGUGCUACAAUUGUGGUCUCACAAAAAAAGACUGGCAGAUAUCUGACAAUGUUGAGAAUGUUCACCUGGCUCUGUCCCCAUCAUGUCCCAUAGCUAGUAGACUCAGGAAUGAUGAUGGCUCACUUUGCCUCUCCAGCUUUUCUGCACACUGUGAUAAACCCACACAGCCCUCAUCACCAGGGUCACAAACAAAUGAGCCUAACCUCUCUGUACCAUCAGCAUCUAGCUCCAAUUCUUUAAGACCGACAUCUACUGUAACCACUGCAACACCAUUGACAUCAGGCUACAACGUUUUAAGACCAACAACUUCUGUAACCAUCGCGGCACCACUGACAUCAGACUCCACCUUUUUAAGACCAACCCCAUCUUUAGCAAAUAAUACAGUCGCCUCUCCAUCUGACUUUGACCAUCUAAUGUCAGAUCCAUCCAAUACACAUUCCCCACAAACUCUGAACAACAUCCAGCCCUCUGAUUCUGACAUCAAUUUCCCAAUAACGCCGUCAAGAGAACAUCUUUCAAACCAAAUUGUAACCAACAUUUCUGCAGUCCAGAGCUCUACUGGCUCAACAGAACAAACACAUACACCUCAUACUGCAGGUAAUGAAUCUAUGCCACAGAAUGCUCCAUCAACAAACCAUACAGGACAUGUAGGGGAGGAGACAACAUCGAUAAAUGCAUUGAACACCCAAAAUAAACAAAAUCCAACAUAUGCUGAACUGGCAAUAAUUACUGAAAGACCCAAAAAACCUGAAUUUGCUAUGAGACAAAAACGACUUGAUUCUUUUUCUCGCUGGCCAGAAGGUCACUUCAUCACAAAGGAGGACCUUGUUAAUGCUGGGUUCUAUUAUGCAGGUAAUUUUAGUGUAGCUUGUAUUGUUGUGCAUGAUUCUACCUAAAGUUUCCUUGUAUUAAAAUAGAUAUUAUCUGGUACAGUUUUUAAACACAAGAUCAUAAUGCAUUUUUUUGAACUGUAUUAUAUUUAAGAUUAACAAUUUGAUUAUCAAAAGAAUUGUCCAUUCGAUUUCUAGGCUAUGGUGACUGUGGCAGGUGUUUCUAUUGUGGGGGAGGACUCAGGAAUUGGGAUGAUGAUGACAAUGUCCUCGUUGAACAUGCCAGGUGGUUCCCAAAGUGUCCUUUUAUGCGCCAGCUAAUGGGACAAGCUUUCAUCAAUGCUGUGCAGGAGUUAAAUAGAUACAUAGAAAAGGUUGGACAAUUUCUUUUUGGUCUGUUUGUGUUGAAAAGUCAUGUAUUAUAUUAAGUGUUCAGUCCAUAUUUUCUCCUGUUUCACCCAAGUUUUAGAUCAUGUAUUUACAUUAGAUUCAGCAGGUUCAGCCUAGCACAUCUCAGUGAUCAUUCAGCUGCAAGAACUAAAUAGAGAAUAUAAAUCUGGUGCAUAUUGAUGUUUAAAUGUGCACAAUUUUUUAAUAUUUUUUUUAGUUCAUGAAAAUUUAAAUCUCAAGAAAUACAAAUAUGCUCAAAUAUUUAAAUUCUUUGGAAUGGUACAGAGCAACUUUGUCUUUUGCUUUCAGAUUAGUUUAAAGAUGGUGACAGAGAGAGCAGGAGCAUCUGCAUGCUUUUCAGGUAAUAUGCUGUUAAUAUUCAAAAGUUUGUUGUAACUAAAUCUAAAUUUUAUUUAUCUUAUUUUUUAAAAUAAUGUUAAAGAAGUUAUACUUUGUGUGUAUAUAUAUAGUCAAUAAAUCAGUGAUUUUUGUAUAUUUUAUACUUGCAUUGUAUGUGAGAUUUGUAUUUCACUAAUUUAUAGAUUAUUUGGAAACAGGGAGUAAUUCUGAAUUGUCUUGUUAACAGACAUAUUUACCUUGUUUCCUUGUGAUUGGACAGAAAGUUUCUUUGAAAAAAAUCCUGCACUUACAAAAUAAGAAAAUACAAUUUCAAGGUGCAAUAGAAAAGAUAUAUGAUAAAUUUGAUUGAAAUGACAGGCUUAAACAUGAAAUGACAAUGGUUGCACCAUUUUUAGAAAAGGGCAAGACAAAAUACUUUUAAUUAAAAAAAUGUAUUAUAAAUUUAUUAAACUAGUAAAAUUAUUCAAUACUCAUUAAUCUAAUUGUUCAGAAGUGUCCUUGCGUGCUGAAAGAAAGAAAUAAUCAAACUAAAUAGUUGCCAUUGAUUUGAAGAUGAUAUAUAUUUCUAGAUUCAGAGCUGAGCAGAGACCCUGCUGUGAGAAGUCUCGUUGACCUUGGCUACAGCCAGAAAGAUGUCAUGGAAAUGGCAGAGAGAGUGAGAGCUGAGAGUAAGUGGCAUUUAUUGUAUGUUAAACUAUUGUUGUCAUCAACAGACUAAGUGAAAUAGUUUUAAAAUGAGGUCUGAGUAAUUUAAUAUAUGUUACAGUAUAAUGUGUGGUGUUGUUAAUUGAAAAGCUUUAUCUUGCAGUAUAUGUCCAUGGUGGGGGGGGGGGGGGGGGGGGAGGUGGUACUGCAAUGUCCUAUCUGAAUUCACUUCAAUAGAAGCAACCAAAAGGGCUCAAGUACAGUUGUCCAUUAUCCCAAUUGGUUUCAUGUCCCAAACACACCUGCCAGGGUGAACUUAGAGAACAAACUAAUCCAUACCCAUGAGACCUUGACACCAAAUGGCAUGAAUGCCAUGUUCACUUUCCACUUAUUAAAUCUUUUCUCAGUGCUCUACAUUUUACAACCAAAUCUUGUGUACUUCCUUUUUCCUCUUUUCCUUCCCCCUUUACGAAUAUUAACUCUCUUACCUAUUAAGGGUCUGUUGCAUUCCUCUUGAGGUCGUCUUGGAGACUACAUUUCAACUAAGUUGUUACUUUUGAUAAAUUUGUAGCUCUUUGUAUCGUUUGCUUAAGAAAGCUUCCUGCUGACAAGUUAAUAGUUUCGUUGGAUCAUUUUUUCAGGUAUUCCCGAACCUUGCUUUACAUAUUUCCUUUAUCAUGCAUGAAGUCUCAAAAUAAAUGAAGGUGGUUUUAUUUCUCUUUGUAACUUUCCUUAAGAGCAUGAUUUUUAACUUAAGUUUUCCUUGUGAUCUUAUCAGCCAAGAUGUGUAAUUGUUCAUAAAAAUAAAGGGGGCGCGAUUGGGGCAAAAUAGAAAUAAGUGACUUUGAUUUCUGAAAAGACAUCCACCUUAUGUAAUAUAUCAUUAGUAAAGCAGCACUACAGACCACCCUUAAAUGCUAUUAGAGAAACACCGGAGAAAUGUGUUCAAUGUUGAAGCAAAAAGAAAUAAACCCAGAAUAGAGAAAAACCUGCAAUACAAAAUAGUGCACUUUUUGGCAAAGGCGACGUAGUCUUAGAAGUUGGGAAAAGGGUAUUGAGUCUUUGAGCAAUUUGAAGUGAGAGGAUGAAUACAUUAAAUAAUUAUGGCUGUCAGUUGGUUUGUAUUAGGCAGAGGUGAAUAGUGUUUUUUUUAAGAUAAGGGUAGAGUCCAGAAAGUUAACAAAAUUCUCAGAGAUUUGUCAAGUAAAUUUAAUAGAUGUAUUGAAUGAGUUCAGAAAAUCAAUAAAUUGUUGGAGUUCGCUUUGUUCCAUUGAAAUGAUGCCAAUGCCAGUCAAAUGAAGACUUUUUAGAUAGAGCAAAUGAAAUCAUUGUCUCCUUCUGCUCCAGAUCAUAUGCUGAGACUACCCUAGUUCGAGCACUCAAACAUUUUAGCACAAUCACAUGUAACUAGUUGUAGCCCGCCAAACAUUGGCGGUAGCAAUGCGUGAGCUUCCCAUCUAAUAAAGUUACUUGACAAAAACGUGAACUCAAGUUACGCACAUUUAAGAAUGCCAAUUUUGCUACACCCCUUCCCCCCCUCCCCUUUUCAUGAUACGUCACUGCACACUUUUUUAUUUCACACUCAUGAACUAUAUUAAUAUUCUCAUGUCCCAACAACUUUUAAACCGAAAUAUUUUUUACCCAAUACUUAAAUUGAGAUGAUUUCAUUUCCGUAAAGAAAAUAUUACGCACCAAACACUAUUGCGUUAUUAAAAAUAGAUAUAUAUCAUUUAGCAUAGUUAUAGCCCGCCAAAGAUUGGCGGUAUCAAUGCGUGAACGUCCCAUCUACUAAAGUUAAUUGAGACGAUUUCAUUUUCCGAAAAGAAAAUAUUACGCACCAAACGCAAUUGUGUUAUUACAAAAAUAUGUAUUAUAUGUAGCGUAGUUAUCGGGAAUUAUAUUUUGCGCGCUAGUGAACUCAUUACUGAACCACACUCUGGUGUAUCUAUAAAUAGUCUGGGUGGUGUUUGAACCUGUUGGUAUUUGACCUUUGCUGUCGAAUUAUAGAUAUAGAUGAGACAAAACACAUUGGGACUAAGCCUUGUUCAAGAAGACAUUUGAGGACUUGCCUUUGUGUACUGGAAACUGAACACAUUGGCUUCCCUAAGGAAGGCCACCUUUACAACUUUCUGUGCUUGUGUUUCAUUUUUAACCUUUUGUAAUAAUGUUUCAUUCUCUCUAUAGCAAAAAGCAACAUUGUUUCAGCUGACCAGUUGCUGGAACUUUUAGAGCCAAAAUGUUACAGGUCAUCUGUCCAGCAUGCCAUUGAAAAUAAUGAGUUGCCUGGUAAAAAAUUUUGUUUGCUGAACGUAUUGUCUUGUAUUUUUUUAAAUAAUUAGUUGUAGGUUGUAGCCAUUUUAAAUCUCUGUUGGGAAAAAAACACAUAUCUUGGGAAUUAACCUGAUUUUUUUGCUUUGCUCUUGUCAUUGCUAAAAUUAAAAGUUGCAAUGACAUUAUAAUAUGUCUUUAAUUAAAAUACAGAAACUCAUUUGGCAAUUGUAACAAAAUAAAUAAUAGGCCAGUAAAACUAAAUAUGAGAUUUAAAUAGAUUCUUUACCAAAUACAAUUUUUAAAAUUGGUUUAGACUUCUUUCAAUUGAUAUUAAAUUGAAAAAAAAUGUUGUUGAACAUUAUUUAUUGUAGUUAUUUAUUAUAAGUUUUACUGGUUGAUUUAAAAGAAAAAUAUCUUUUAAUUCAUCAGUAACUAUCAAUGAACUAAAGGGACAGAACCAGGAGCUACGCCAGCAGACUCUCUGUAAAAUCUGUUUAGACAAAGAAGUACAGAUUGUCUUUCUUCCUUGUGGUCAUCUUGUUACCUGUGUGGAAUGUUCCCUUCCAUUGAAAGACUGCCCAAUCUGCAGAAGACUGAUCAAGGGAACUGUGAGAGCUUUCAUGAGUUAGCUGAUUCCAUCCGACAAGAUGAAAAAUGAUCUUUAGAUAUUGAGAGGUCAAUGAAUUUCAAUUAACCAUCAAUAACAUAUUCUGUAGUUUACUUUGCCACUUUUAAUAUAUUUGCAUAUUUAUUUAAACAGCAGAUUUGUCGACACUUGAUGGUACAUUCAAUCUCAGGAAAUGAGAACAAUAAGAGAAUUAACUUCUUGCUUUGAACAUUUCUCAUGUUUUAUUUCUUUACGUGUUGUUUUUAUGGACAGAGUUCUGAUUAAAUAGCUUUUCAAAGUUAAGUUUUAAUUUCAUUUUUUUUAAGAUCAAUUCUUGUUUUUGAUACUCAUAUAAAUUAAUUCAAACUUCAACUGGGGAAAGAGAAUCAUGUGUUUUUAAAACUUGCUAGCCUCAUUUAUUUUAUAAGGUGCACUUCAUGAGUGAAGUUACACUUUUCUUGGAGAUUUUUUAACACCCCCCACCCCCUUUCCUGUUAAUCACAAACUUGUCACAAAAGUUUAGACACCCUCAUCACAAUUUCUUGACCCCCUUCCCCUAGCGAACAAAAUAAUAUUGUCUUGAUAGGAGCUUGGCCAAAAAAAAGUCUGCUGCAAAACCUUGUUUCAAACUGGCUGCCUCAAAAGUUGAGACCAUUUAUCAUCAUAAAAUUGUUCCUAUAGUCUUAUCAUGUUUUUAAUAGUGACAUGGCAUAAGUGUUGAUACUUGAUUGCUGCUAACUUGUGCAUAGACAGCACCUGUGCGUGAAAAAAUGCAUUUGAAAAGCAGCUGAAUUUAUCUAGAAGAAACAAUUCAUGUUUAACAAGGAAGCAGCAGAGAUAAUUGAACACCAUACAUAAGACAAUUUAUUCAUGUAUAAUAUAAACCCAUACAUAUGAUUUCAGUAAAUGAAGUAAAGAGCAAGGGCAAACAAAAAAAAAAGGAUUUAACAAUAAAAUGUGUAAUUCCGAUUAGGAAGUGUAUGAAAUUCAAACUGCGGUAAUAAUAAUUUUAGAAAUAGGCAUAUAUAUUUUUUUUUUUCAUAUUUAAGGGCCCACGAUCAAUUUAUUGAUUAUUUUGACCCCUGGUUUUGAAUUCAGAGUUAGCCUUCUCUUAGAUAAGUUGUCUUCCAAGGCUAACGAGUCUCAUCCACCAAGGGUGCUUGGGAUUUUGACUUUGGCAGGGAUUGAACUCAAGACCACCACUAUUUGGAAUGAGUCAGUUUAUUUCAGAUCUAUAUCCCUUCAACAAGUUGAUGCAAGCUGUCUUUAAAAAAAUAUGUUAAAAAAACAACAACAACAACUGCCGCCCCUCUAUUCUAUACCAGCAAGAAAAAAAACCCAAUCAUUAUACAAAUUAAUUAUGAAAAUUAUUUUAAAGUUAAUUAAAAAUCAUUUGCUGCUACAGUCUUUACAACUACAACAUAGAGAAUAUGGUUGAAACACUUGGCACUUUCCUUUAGUACACCGAUGAUGGGCGGUAGAAGAACUAAUGUCACUGAGAACAAGUGGGCCACCUGAGUCACCAUGGCUGUCACUUUAAGUCCAAGAACAGCCUACGUUGUGCAUUACCUUGUGUUGGGCACAGACUUUGGGGUAUAACUUGUAUUAUAUGCAGAGUUGUUGGAGGACAAUCACUAUUAAAGUGUCACUAGCAUUAUUUCUUUAAUGUCUUUGUCAGUUACAAAUAAAAUAUGGUUCACAAGAUUUUCAAUCAAUUUUAGUAGACCAAUGGGGAUUAUGUAUUAAUUAAAGGGUAUUUCGUUAUCUAACUUAAUUAAUGCAAAGUCAUCGUAAUGAUACUAUGCAGAUCUUGAGUACCAUAGUUAAGAAGAUGCAAGUCAUCUUGACUACACAGUAGAAUUAAUCAGGCAGUGGCAAACAUUAAUGACUAUGCUCCUACUUUUGUCACAUCAAUAAUGUUAAUAAUAAUGACGCCAACUCAGCAUGCUGUUUAAGCUUCAGUGGUUUCUUAAAAGAACUUUUGCAUGCAGCCUCUUUAAUUUGCUUUAUAUUAUAUUUAUUAUAAAAUAGAAAAAUUUAGGAAUUGAUGUUAAAUAUAUAGCGGUACUUUGACACUUUUCAGGAAAUCAUUACAUCACAUUGUUUAUUUGUACCCAAAUUGGUUUAAUUGGUUUCAGAAUGUGAUAGAUAUUUUAUUCUCCAUUUAUAUUAUGUGGUGGUAGUUAUAGUAUUUCUCUUAUGAAAGACUUGCCUUGUUUUAUUUAGUAUUUUAAAAAUAAAUGUUAAAAAUUCUAAAAUUGCACUACUAUAAAAUUUUCUUUUUAUCAAUACAUCUUUACAAUUCCUAUACCGGUAUGUAAGAAAAAUCUUGAACAGAUUGCUUUAAUUGUUCAUAUUAUUAUGUCUUGUACAAAUGAAUACCACUGAUGGAAAUAAUAAACAAUUUUAACU